GCUGUAGUCCACCUUAUCGUGUCCCCUCCACUGUACUCCCAAAAUGUCCUCAGACAUCACUGUGAAUGACCUUACAGGAAGGAUUACCAAGACGGAGCAAAUUGCCAAUGGGCAAUGCGGAGAGGUAUGGAAGGGCACCUACACAGUAGGAGGUCGAGAAGAAUUUGUAGCCGUGAAGGCCAUGAGAUCGACGUUAUUUUCCGACACUGUAACUGCAGAAAAAACAAUACGGAGGCUCUCGCGAGAAAUGAAAGUGUGGAGUAUAUGCGUUCAUCCUCACUUGGCCUUGUUUAUUGGUAUAUGUUACGAGACUACCCAAGGAUAUCGAGUCCCCUGUUUGAUAUCUCCAUUCUACGAGAACGGAACCAUCACGCAGUACCUAACACACAAUCCAAAUACUGUGCGGAUGGACUUGUUUCGCCAAAUUUUCUCUGCAUUGGCUUAUCUACAUGGUCGUGCUGAGGCUAUUGUUCACGGGGACCUCAAACCUGCAAAUAUUCUCAUCGAUGAUGCAGGCAAUGCGGUGUUAGCAGACUUUGGACAUUCUCGAAUCCUUGGGAUUUCUGGGUUCACAACAAACACAAGGACCGUAGCUGGCACGCUCCGCUAUAUGGCGCCGGAGUUGAUGGUACCUGAAAAUGACGAGAUAACACCAAGACCAACAAUAGAAUCAGAUGUAUGGGCAGCAGGGAUGACGGGCCUAGAGAUCCUCUCCGGCGAGAUCCCGUAUGUGGAAUUCAAAAAGGACAGCCGAUUAAUCACAGUUAUUGGCAAUAAAUUACCCAACAAGGCAAAUUACCCUCUCGUUCCCUCCGGUGCAUGGACUGCGUUUGUAAAAUGUUGGGAAAGGGACCCGAGAGAACGACCAUCUGUGCAGCGAUUGAGCGAUUACUUUGAUAAACAUUAUGGACCUGACUCAACCAGACCUACUAGAACUCGCGGUUAAACAGAUGUAGACAUAAAUAUUUAUUCCUUGUGUCUUGUUGCAUCAUUACUACAUCUGCACCUUAUGGACAAAUUACUUGUUGUUGUUGACACGGGCUACCCUGACUAAAUAGUACUAUGUAGUCAGCUGGCAUUUUCCUGAUGGAAGCAUGCGCAUGCCUGUCAUAGCGGAUGAAGGAGCGGGCGAAUAUUUGACAAUGAGGCUGACGAGGCCCAUCCAGGACACUGG